UACUCCCUUCAGUGGAACCACACUGUCCUCUCUCUCUCUCUCUUUCUCUAUUGGGCUUAAACCUUUUAACAACUGGGAUAAAAAGCAACACCUCAAUCAAGAAAAGCUCUCAGAGAAUGCUUCACCAGCACUGCCUUUGAGAAAACAUCAACUGCCAUUUAAAAGGAUCUACUUUAGAGAAAACCCUUCACUCCACACUUCACAAGUUUCACUGCUCAAAAGAGAAAAAGCAAGAAACUAUACAUCAUGGAACUUCAGAAACUAACAAACGGUCACCACCGUGACUUUCAACAUCUUGAGGAAGGAGAGUCACCUGAACGAGAGGAGUUUUUACCACACAAGAGUGAUGGAGGAAAACCCCCUCAGUUUACAGAUUUUGAAGGAAAGACAUCAUUUGGAAUGUCUGUCUUCAACCUUAGCAAUGCCAUCAUGGGUAGUGGGAUUCUGGGACUGUCCUAUGCCAUGUCCAACACUGGUAUCAUCCUCUUUCUAGUCUUGUUGACCUGCAUUGCUGUCUUAUCAACAUACUCGGUCCAUCUUCUGCUGAGGAGUGCAGGGGUUGUGGGUAUUCGUGCUUAUGAACAACUGGGUAAACGAGCGUUUGGACAUCCGGGAAAAAUACUGGCAGCCCUUGUCAUAACAUUACACAACAUUGGUGCAAUGUCUAGCUACCUCUUCAUUGUGAAGUAUGAAUUACCUCUGGUUAUUCAGGCUUUCCUUGGCCUUCAGCACAGCAGUGGUCAGUGGUUCCUGAAUGGCAACUAUCUGAUCGUCAUUGUGUCCAUUUGCGUCAUCUUGCCACUUGCCCUGAUGAAACAGCUUGGGUACCUGGGCUAUACCAGUGGCUUCUCUCUGACAUGUAUGGUUUUCUUCCUGAUCUCAGUCAUCUAUAAGAAGUUCAAUAUCCCGUGUCCUUUCGAUGGUUUUACCAACCACACUGCUGAAAACAUUUCUAUUGAUGGGGAAUGUGAAGCUAAAUACUUCACCAUCAACCAGCAGACAGCCUACACGGUUCCCAUCUUGGCCUUCGCUUUUGUAUGCCACCCUGAGGUGCUGCCGAUCUAUACUGAGCUCCGCAAUCCAACAAAGAGACGCAUGCAGGCCAUUGCCAACGUGUCCAUCCUGGGGAUGUUUGUCAUGUAUCUGCUCACUGCCAUCUUUGGCUACCUCACCUUUUAUUUAAACACAGAGGCAGAACUUCUACACACCUACAGCAAGGUGGAUCCUCUGGACACGCUCAUCCUGUGUGUGCGUGUGGCCGUCCUGGUGGCCGUGACUCUGACUGUUCCUGUUGUGCUCUUCCCGAUUCGCAGAGCUCUUCUUCAGCUUCUGUUCCCUGAUAAGCCCUUCCAUUGGGUGCGUCACAUCUCUAUUGCAUUGUGUCUCCUUUUUGUUGUCAAUCUGCUCGUCAUUUUUGUGCCCAACAUUCGUGACAUUUUCGGCAUCAUCGGUGCAACCUCUGCUCCAAGCUUGAUCUUCAUCCUCCCGGGUCUUUUUUACAUCCGAAUCGUUUCCACCGAGCAAGAGCCGAUGAACUCAAGACCAAAAAUUCAGGCUGCCUGCUUCACUGCUCUAGGCUUCAUCUUUAUGAGCAUGAGCUUGACGUUCAUCGCACUGGAUUGGGUCUACGGAGAGAAUCGAAGUGGAGGAGGUCACUGAUCUUCAACCACAAAACUGUAAGGGUCCAAAAAGCCUUUGAGGAACAUCACCACCCCUUCUCUUUCCUGAAUGUGAGAGAAUCCAAAACAUCACUUAGGCUGGACCCAACUCACCUCAGAUCUGUUGCCCCGCUGAGUAAGGAAAAGGACUGAUGUCCUGCCAUCUUUAAAAUUAAAAUGGAUAAAUCCUAUGAUGUUUCAUAGUGGAGGAUUUCUGGGGGACACAGAAAUGUCAUGCCAUUUUGAGGCUGCUUCUACAAUCAGGCUUCAUAACGAUAAAUUAUGUUUGUGUUGUAGAUGGAAGCCCGCUAAAUAGAAUAACGCUAAAA